GCACGGACGGUGGCCGGGAGGGCACACGGCGCCGCGGACGGUGGCCGGCGCGGUCGGGCAUGGAUCGCCUGGGACGCUGCGCGUGGCUGGUGCGCGGGACGCUGGCGCGGGCGGCGGCGCGGCGCUACCUGCCCUGGGCCCUGGUGGCGUGCAUGCUGGCCGGCUCGCUCGUCAAGGAGCUGUCCCCGCUGCCCGCGAGCUACCUGAGCAACAAGCGCAACGUCCUCAACGUGUAUUUCGUCAAGUUGGCCUGGGCCUGGACCCUCUGCCUGCUGCUGCCCUUCAUCGCCCUCACCAACUACUCCCUGACGGGCCGGCCCGGCCUGGUCCUGCGGCGCCUGAGCACGCUUCUUGUGGGCACGGCCUACUGGUACGCCUGCACGGCCCUCUUCUCGGGCGUCGAGCACGUCACGGGCAGCUGCUACCAGUCGCCGGCGCUGGAGCAGGUCCGGAAGGAGCACGGGGACAAGCCGCAGUGCCUGCGCGCGGGCGGCCACUGGCACGGCUUCGACAUCUCGGGCCACUCCUUCCUGCUGACCUUCUGCACGCUCAUGAUCGUGGAGGAGAUGGCCGUGCUGCAGGAGGCGCGGCCGGACCAGGGCCCCGCCGUGGCGGCGCUGGUGGUGGCCCUGGGCGGGCUGACGGCCAUCUGGGUGGGGAUGUUCCUGUGCACGGCCGUGUACUUCCACGACCUGUCCCAGAAGGUGUUUGGCACCCUGUUCGGGCUGCUGGGCUGGUACGGGACCUACCGCUGCUGGUACCUGAGCCCGCUGUCCCCCGGACUGCCUCCCCAGGGCUCCGGCCUCGGCGCCAAGCGGGACUCGUACAGGAAGUGAGAGAGCGGCCGGCAUAGGUGGCGGGCCACCCCGCGGCCCACAGGGGGGUUGCUCGCGUUCCCUCGUCUCCUGCUUCAGAGAGGAAGAUACCGGGCCGUCCCGGGGCAGGAGGCGGCUGAGGGAGGGUCUGGGGAGCACAGGCGGGCGCUCUGCGCGCCCCACCCGGCCCCUGCGUCCCUGGGGGACCCGAGCAGGAAAGCCGCAGCCUGGCGUGCACCAGGCCCCCAGCCUCAUCUCGAAUCUAGUUUUCUAUUUUCACGGCAGUUCAUGCUGUUAUUGAAUAAUGUUCCCCUCUGGCGAGUUCCAGUGGGGUUUCUCUCCUUCCCUCUCCUUCCUUCCUUUCGCCCUUCCUCUCCUUUCAUCUCCCCUCUUCCUUCUUUUGUCCUCCUUCCUUCCCUCCUUCCUUCUUUUGUCCUCCUUCCUUCCCUCCUUCCUUCUUUUGUCCUCCUUCCUUCCUUCCUCCCUCCUUCCCUCCCUCCCUCCUUCCUUCCCUCCCUCCUUUCCUUCCUUCCUUCCUUCCUUCCUUCCUUCCUUCCUUCCUUCCUUCCUUCCUUCCUUCCUUCCUCCCUCCCUCCCUCCCUCCCUCCCUCCCUCUCUCCCUGCCUUCCUCCCUCCCUCUCUCUCUUCCUUCCCUCCCUCCCCCUCUCUCUCUUCCUUCCUUCCUUCCUCCCUCCCUCUCUCUCUCUUCCUCUCUUCCCUCCCUUCCUCCCUCCCUUUCUCUUCCUUCCUUCCCUCCUUCCCUCCCUCUCUCUCUUUUCCUUCCCUCCCUGUCUUCCUCCCUCCUUCCUUCCUUUUUUUGUGCAGGGGAUCAAGGCCUUAUUUGCUCUGCCCGUGCCCUUCCCGGCCGGGCGGCUGUCCACCCAGUCCCCGGAAGGAGGCUGGUCAUAUUCUUCGUCUCAUCAUGGAAUGUAGUUAAUGAUCGUGGCCGCCUUCACGCGAGCUGCCCGGCAGUCCGGCUGCCGCUGUGUGGGGGGGACUUUCCUGCAGUGACCGUUGGUACUGUCCGUCCCCGGCACUUGCCGUCACGUAUCGUCUGAGAAGCAGUGUGGUCCUGUUUCCCCCUCUGUUCUGUGUGACCGUGUCACCGUUUGUAAGCUCGCGGUUGCCCGAGCUCCCGGAAGUGCCCUUCUCACCCGGCGGCGUGGCCAGGGCGCCGGGCGCCUGAGCUGUUUUUAGAACGCUGCUCUUGUACGCCGGGCUCUUGGCCCUGCUGUAUUCAGUUUCACCCCACGGGCAGUCCCCCCCGCCCCGCAUCAGGAUAAACUGGAGAGCAGACGUGGUCAGGGUGACUCGGCGAGCCUCCCGCCGUGGCCUUGGGCAGCCUGUGGCAUCUCCCUGAGGCCCCGCCGGGUGUUCGGCAGCUGGCUGAGCGAUGCCGUGGGUCGGCCGGGGUCCCAGGCCUUUGCACUGCAAAGGUGCAAUAAGGAGCGAUUCCCGUUGCCUCCGAUGGCCAGAAGCCAAUCUGUUUGCAAAAUUUGUCCCUGUGCAAUGGUGGCGUGACCGGCCACCCCCACUCGACUCGCCCCAUCUGCUGCUGCUCGCCUGAGCCCGCCGCUGGCCAUGUCUUCCUUUGGUCUGCGGCCCGGCGGGUGCUGGCAGGGCUCCGUCUCCCGCAUCCCUCUCCCGGGCUGUCGCCAGCCUCUCAGACCAGCCGCUUGCCUUGCUUGCAAGGUGGAUGGUCCUCAAAGCUCCUCCCCCGGCCCCCCCACCUCCGAGUCUGGCCUCGUCACUGCUCCGACUCUUGAACACUACACCGGCGGCCUGAGCUCCAGGCGGGCGGGCUAGGAGCCUCAGCUCAGGAAGCUUCAGGGUGAAUUAUAUUUCCUAUAAAGAUGUAUUUAUACUAGAUCAAUGUGUCCUGAUCAGACAUAAGCUGAGAUCGGUCGAACCCCAAGGUGGCAGACACAUCUGCAGUGAGAUUUGGGUGCUGGGGGUGUGUCCAUGGUGCUCUGGGAACAUUGGCCAAAUGUGAUGGGCCCCAGGAGAGAUGACUAUUAUUAUUAUCAUUAUCAUUAUCAUUAUUAUUCUUAAUUAUUUGCCCUCUGGAGUUUACAGUAUUAAAAGUAAAGUCUCACCUUAUUAAACGA